AUCAAGUUGGCCAUACCUUUCUUUUGACGUUUGGUUUUAAGGAAAUUGCUGGAACUUUAGUUCACAUCUAGAACCCCAACUGAAAAACUGAAAAAAAAAAACCAUAGUCAUACCAGUGAUACCAACUGAACUUCGAUAUGCCGAACCAAUCUAAGGAGCAGCCUCAGCAGCCGCGUGGCUCCAAAGCGGCGUCUACCCAGACGCCGGAUUUUGUAUUGGAUAUGGUGGAUCAGUUAACAGGAGCACAGGACUCGCCAUCGGAUAUGGUGGAUCAGGUUACAGGAGCACAGGACUCGCCACCGGACAUGGUGGAUCAGUAUACCCAGACGACGGGUAUCCUGGCACCUGCCUUGAGUAGUGAUGGCCAGUUCCAUGGUCGCGUGAUCGAACUGCUGAGAGCAAUGAACUCGGUCAUGGCCAAAAUGGUGAUGCGGGCUACCAGGAAUAUUUUGCGCGAAGAGCUCGAUGAGAGCGAACGCCUUGAUCCAAGCCAUUUGGGACUCAUCACGUCGGACCAGUACGAUAUUAGUUUGCGGCUCGGCAUGCUGUGCUCGAGGAUGAGAGGCCCUCCCCAGGAGAAUCCAACUGGGGAUCUAACUGCGGAACCAGAGCAGCAGCCAGAGCCAACUCCAUGUGGGGAACCGCCUAGCAAGCGUAAGAGGGAAGAGGGUAGCGAGGACGUGUCAUCUUCCACUUCUGCCGGCGAAGAUGUGUCAUCUUCCACUUCUGCCGGCGAAGAUGAUGAACCCAAUCCCGACGCCUGAGUCCAAGCUGCUGGCUUGGAAGUCGUAUUGGCCACUUCGUGGCGAUACAGGAUAGUAUAUCCUGCCGAAAUGGAAAGAAGAAACUAAAACUAUAAAAAAAAAAUUUUUUUUGAACGCAGCUUUUCUUUUAAUAACGCAGGAAAUAAAUAUUCUAAACAGA